AUGGAUCCACCCAUUCACGAAAUGCGGCCUUUACCAUCUCCACCCGCCAUGAAAUUUCCCGACACAAUCUGGCCCCAAGAACGCCUUCCUCAAACGACUGUCACGAAUACCUAUGUCCUCCGUUUACCCAUUGGCCGUAAACCUCCAACGACGAGUUGUGUUGGUCCGCGCCCACCCAGAGCUCGUUCUCCCGCGUCUUCUACAUGCAGCAUUACUUCUGCGGACUUCUGGGCACCCUUGACGGACAGCGAGCCAGACACACCGCCGACUUCGGAUGAUGAGGCCUUCGAUGCGCCUCCUCCCGUUGCUGCACCAAAUCCCCGGAAGAAACGGACUAAGCCUGCCAACAUCGUGAUUCCCAAAACGAUUACCCAGCUUCCAGCUACAUCUGCCCUCUCACCUCUUUCUCCACUGUCCCCUGCACUAAACAACAACUCUCCUAAUGCACGGGUCAGAAAGCUGGCCAAGCUCACGCGUACUCUCGGCGAGAAUGUACCUGUAGAGCUCGUUUUUCCUUCCUCCACGGCAUCUGGAUCGCACCUGAUGACAUCCCCGACGUCUCCAAUCCAUUUUGCUCGAGCCAGUCGCGAGCCAUCAACUCCAACACCCGCUCGUAGAUCUCCGGGAACUACAGCAGUUGGGUUGCACUAUGCUUUGGGAUUACAUGCGCCCAAACCAGCUAAACAACCACUCACAACCACGGCAUCACCUCCUCCUUUCACCAAUGUCUUCACUAUGGACUCGCAGUCCUGGGAUCGUGCUCGGACCGCCGUACUGAACCCGCCUAAAACGAAAAACAAAUCGAAAUUCCGUAUUCAGGCUAUGUUGCCCAAGGUUGACAACGGCCGCGGCACGUGGCGCAAAAAGGAGAAUACGUGGAGUGGGGAAUGGAACGUCGAGGACAUGCAGGAGCUUCAGCUCCGCCUAAGGCGCUUGCGCUAA